AUGUAUACAGAAGCGAAUUCUGAUUCGGAGUCCGACGAUGCGAGCACGAUUCGGCGGAUGAGUCCGAACAGCAGAAAAGGUUUUUUCUCUUACUCAAAUUUGGCCUAAGAUCGUCCGAAUGCUCAGAUUUCCGGCGGAACGUGAGCGUGGCGGUGUGCGUGUCGGCGGCGCUCACUUUAUUCGUUUUCAAUCUGCUCGGCGCGCUCAUUUUCUGGCUCAUUGAGCACAAUUUCACGGAUGAGGAGGAGACCGAAAACGCGUGUCUGAAAUUACUGAAAACGGGCACAAAAAUCACGACGGAGACACGCAAAAAAGUGGAGAAAUGUUUGAGGGGGAGCUCGAAAAUCGAAACAUUCGGCCAGGCGCUCUACUUUUCGUGGACCCUUUAUUCGACCGUCGGAUUCGGGAAUUUGGUGAGUUCCGAGAAAUUGGGAUAGCGAAAAAUCGCGAAAAACGACGUUGUUUGAACUUUUUUUCGCUUUUAAGAAGUUUUACGGAAGAAAAAACGGGAAUUUCUCGAAAAUUGGGAAAAGUGCAGUAGAGCGCGUUUUCUCAUAUAACCGCCAAAACCGAAAAAAAAUGUGUUUCUUCGAUAAAUAAUCAACCAAUUUGCUGACAAAUUAAUAAACGAAUAACAUUUGUCUGAAUUUGCUGAAGUUUAUUUGAAAAUUUUGAAAAUUGACGCCUUUUUCAGUACCCGCACACGUCGAUCGGGCGGUUCACAGCCGCCAGUUACUCUCUGCUCAUGAUACCGAUUUACAUUGCGUUCAAAUUCGAGUUUGGCACAUUUUUAGCACAUUUUUUAUUGGUUUUCGCAGAGAAAACCGGGAUGGCAAUGCGAAGAAUUUAUGAAAAGUCGGCACGUGGUGCAUCGGUCGACCCGAAAUCGGUUUUAUUUCAGAUUAAGGUCGUUGCCGGGCCAAAUGCAUCCGGAAACGCGAUCUCUGCUCCUGCUGCGAACCCAUCGGGACCAUCUGAUCUUCGCGUGUUCCCUCGUCCUCUGCCUCGUUUCGCUGCUCGGCUCCAGUGCUCUUUUCUCGUUUUCCGAGGGCAUCCCGUUCCUUUCGUCGCUUUAUUUCGGAGUCAUCACCAUGUCGCUCAUCGGAAUCGGCGACAUUUUUCCGUCGAAUUUGUCGUGGUUCGCCCUCUACACUCUCAUUUUUCUAAUCUCCGACGUGCUCUCCAACCAUCUCUUCUAUUAUUGUCAAGUAACCGACGUGGCCGAGUUUUCUCCCCGUCUAUUUCUCGGUUUUCUAGGCCAGGAUCCGAUUGUGUUUUCAUUUCGUUGCCCGUCGGAUAUUGUUGUUGAAGGAGAAGGAAGAAGUGAGGUGUCAGGAGCAGCGAACCGUUUCCCUGAAUCAUGUUCCGGUUAUCAACAGCCAAUGCAUGCCGAGUCGUGAGUCCCCACUGGAUGGCCUAGAAACCCAAACCUCUUCCAGAUGUGAUGGAGUGCGAAAAGGAGGAAUUGGACAAAGACGAGAAGCUUCUGAGCUCUCUCUCCACAACGUGUAGAGAAUUGAAAUAA